AUGUGUCCACGACCUUAGCAAGUGUGGGAAUUCUGGUUUUUCGUGUACACAUUGAUGAUGAACCCCAUCGCCCCAGCCCCUAUUCCUGUACUCCCCCCAGUUGCUGCACCCACCGUGCUGGUGGGGCUUCCUCAUCUUGCAGCCCCUGGGGCCAUUCCUGCUGUUGCCCCUGCAGUUGUUAUCCCCCAAGCAGUGGCACCCAUGCCGGAGGCCAUUGGACAACCAAAUAAUACUAUAUAUAUCAACAAUUUAAAUGAAAAGAUCAAACGCGAUGAACUAAAGAAAUCACUUUACGCUGUUUUUGUUCAAUUUGGUCAAAUAUUAGAUAUAAUUACUUCACGAACUCUAAAAAUGCGUGGACAAGCUUUUGUUGUUUUCGAUGAUGUCAAUAGCGCGUCAACAGCACUUAGAGCUAUGCAAGGCUUUCCGUUAUACGAGAAACCAAUGCGAAUUCAUUUUGCUAAAGUGGAUUCUGAUGUCAUCGCCAAGCGGAAGGGUACAUUUGUCCAGCGACCGAAAGCUGCGUCAAGAGCAGCGGCAGCUGCGGCUGCGGCCGCCGCGGCAGAAGCUGCAGCAUCAGCUGCUGCCAUUAAUUCCGCUGGUCCUCAAGGUGGUACCAGUGCCAGAGCCAUCCGUAGGCGGCAACAAAGAGCAGCCGCCGCGGCAGCAGCAGCAGCAGCCACUGCGACAGCCAACGGUGGUGAUGCCAGCAAUGAUACUCAGACGAAUGUCGGUGGUGAUCAGCAGAACAAUGAAUAUCGGCCGGUUCCACCGCCUCCGCCGCCACCACCACCACCGGCUGCUAUAAAUCCAGCCACCAUACCAGAUCAACCACCGAAUAAAAUUCUCUUCCUGACUAAUCUACCAGAUGACUCUGAUGAAGCCAUGUUGAGUAUGCUAUUCGGUCAAUUCACUGGUUAUCGUGAGGUACGUAUGGUCCCAGGGCGACAUGAUAUCGCAUUUGUUGAAUUUGGCAAUGAAGUGGAAGCGUCCGCAGCAAAGCUUGGUCUUCAAGGUUUCAAUAUUCGACCGGGUAAACCUAUACGCAUUACAUUUGCUAAAAAAUGAAGAGUUCACAGUCAUUUCUCUCUGUGUGUGUUUGUGCGUGACAUUCAACUAUUGAAAUUUUAUUAUUUUAUACAUGUACAUGUUUCGAGUUGAAUAAUAAUAACAAUAAUAAUAAUAGAAUUGAAAACCCGUCCGGUC